UGGCAAGUUGCAGUUUUACUACGACCCGGCAUCUUCACAACCACGUUGCGCUCUCUGUUUACAAACACAAGUGUAAUAGUUCGAGUCAGCAUUUCAUUGACGGUAUUUCAUCGUUUCAUCCGUUUUUGGGGACACAACCACACCUUUUUCAUUUCUGAUCUGAUAUUUAUGGGAUAACAAGAGGUCGGUCUGUCUGCCAGGCAAAAUGUUAUCUACUCUGCAUGUAUGCAGCUUUCAAAACCGAGAGUGACUGAAGAUAUUCCAAACCAUUCAUUACGGAAAUCAUCAUUUCUUCUUCGAUUGUAACAACUUACGAUGCGUCAAAGCCAAAUUUACAGGGGUUUUCCCGGAAAGUAAUUAAGAAGGUGAUAUCAAACAACGAAAGCUUCGAGUAAGUGACCUGAACUAUGAACGCCUAAUAACCCGCUAGUUCCUAGAGCAUUGUGAUAUUUCCCUUUUCCUUGAAACAAGCCGAAAUAUACUACUAUUAUUGAUAUUAAGUUAUUGGACUAUAGCCAACCGGAAUAAAGCAAGACUUUACUGUGCUAUUGAUAUAGGCCUACUUAUCACUUACCUGAAUUGAUAUACAUUUCAGAAAACUGAUUAUUUCCGGUUUGAAACUCGAGAAAAUUUGGCGAAAGCUUUCCGAAAACACGGUCAAAAGGAUAUAUUUUUUCAAAGGACAUCGUUGACGUCGGUGAGAUGGCGAAGUCGAAGUCAAAAGCACACAGCAUCGAUUACGACUCUGGUAGAAUGGACGGCGAGAUAAAACUCAAGCGCGAGGUCGGACUCUUCGGCGGUAUCUGCUUUGUUGUGGGGGCGAUGAUUGGUUCGGGAAUCUUCGUAUCCCCGGUCGGCAUUCUUCGGGAAACCGAAAGCGUCGGAAUGAGUCUCAUCAUCUGGCUUCUCUGCGGCUUCCUAGCUCUUGGAGGUUCCCUUUGUUACGCUGAGCUGGGCACAAUGAUCCCCAAAUCGGGAGGAGAGUACGCCUAUCUCCUGGAGUGCAUGGGUGCUCUACCGGCCUUCCUCUUCUCCUGGACUUUUAUCCUGGUGAUACGCCCAUCAACCGUUGCCAUCGUCUGCCUCAUCAUGGGCACCUACACCGCGGAGUACAUCACAAAUAGCGAUUGCUACGACAACGACCUGGUAGCAAGGAUAUUCGCGAUGAUGGCGCUAUUGAUCCUGACCUUCAUAAAUUGCUACAGUGUGAAAGCAGCCAAUCAAAUCCAGAUCUGGUUUACCAUUGCCAAGCUGCUUGUGUGUGCAAUCAUCAUUGUCAUUGGCUUUAUCAACAUUGGAAAAGGCAAUACGGAGUUCAUUGCACCCAAAACAUCGUUCAUGAAUAGUUCGCCCAAUGGACUGUCUUAUGCCUUAGCCUUUUAUCAAGGACUUUGGGCGUAUGAAGGAUGGGGUUUCCUAAAUUCAUUGACUGAAGAGAUUAAAAACCCACGAAGGAAUCUUCCGAUUUCUUUGCUGGUCGGCAUCCCAUUCGUCGCUCUUGUAUAUAUCUCCAUGAAUAUCUCAUACUUCACUGUUGUUACCCCAGAUGAGAUGCUUGCAGCAAAAGCAGUUGCUGUCACUUUUGCACACCGCACAAUGGGAUCUUUCGCUUGGAUCGUUCCGCUUGGUGUGUGUAUGUCGACUUUCGGAGCAGCGAACGCUACCCUUUUUACAGCUGGCAGGUUACCCUUCGUAGCAGCAAGGGAAGGCCACGUGGCUCAGAUCUUAGGAAUGGUGCACGCUAAGAGGCUUACCCCACAACCUGCUGUUAUGUCAGUGACGGCGAUUGCAAUGGCUCUGAUAUGCAUUGGGGAUUUUGAUGGUCUCCUCAACUACUUUACCUUCGCCGUAUGGCUUUUCUACAGUCUUACCGUACUGGCGUUGAUGAUAAUGAGAUAUACACAUGCUGGCUGGGAACGUCCCAUCAAGGUUCCGUUGGUGGUUCCGAUCCUCUUUUUCUGCGCAUCUCUGUAUCUUAUCUUCGCUCCUAUCAUCAACUCACCUGCCCUGGAGUUUCUCUAUGCCUUCAUCUUCAUCAUAUCAGGCAUUGCGGUCUACUUCCUCUUUGUCUGGUAUAAGCUUCAGCUCCGAGGAAUGAAUUCCCUGACAAGAUUUCUGCAGAAAUUGUUCUUCGUUAUACCUACCAGCUACAAAGAGAAAGACGAAGUGAAGACACCUCUCUGAAACCACGCCGAAUCAAUGGACACUCAUAUACAAAAGCACUGUAUUAUUGACAAAUUCCACGAUCAUUAAACAAUACAAUAUUUGUAUUGUAUGAAGCAUGUACUUCAACGUUCGCAGGUUACACAAUCUUGUAGCCAUGAUAGCUUCAUCUAAACGUUCAGAUAGUCCUACCUUCUAUUGCCCUGCGGUGAUCCUUAAUUGGAGCUAAAAGAAUUAGGAUUCAGAAUGUUUUAUCAUAUAUAGGACUCACAUGAUAUUGAUCAACAAUUUCUAAUCGUAAAGAUGAUUAUUUGCAGGGUUGAUAUGAACCGAUCAGAGAAAAGGGACUUGCAUUCGGUAGUUAAAGCAAGCAGACUCGACUCCAUGAACACAUUGAAAUGGCGAUGCCCCAUGUAUGGAUCAUAAGGUCUACUUUGGAGGUUUGGUUGUGGAUGUUCUUCCCCUCGUGGCUCGAUUCUUCAUCAUGUCUGAUGGACAAUACUCUACGGGAAGAACAAUCAAUGCAUCUGGAAGCCAUUACACGGUGUGACGUACAGAACUCGGUCCUGGCGAAACUGUUCACCGUCCUGCACCAGUAGAGUAGCUACCCAUGCGUGCUCGAACUUCUAAACGUGCAAUCAAGUUGAGAGUUCCUUUUACAGGGUCUAAUCUAUCACUCCUCUCCGAAGAAGGACUUGAUGAUUCCAAUCUGAAAUAGGAUUUAUUUCGUGCACAACAAUAAAGCCCUGUGUCUUAUACGUGCAAUGACACUUCUCACAGGGCUUGUAUUCGACAACCUAUCAGAGGGACAAUGCCGUGUUUAUUUGAUAACCUUGCCCCGAAUCUGAAGAUGAGGUGCAGAUAGUCACGCAACUGGAUGAACCGGGUUAACUAUCCACGCCGCUGCCUCUCCGCUCUUAAUUAUUUAGAGAGCUUUCUAAUCUAUAUUCCUGCUUCUCCUUCUGUUUUAAAGGAAAUGAAUCCAUUCUCCCCUUGAUAAGAGUCUCACUGUUUCGAUCAUCUCUAUGGAGCGUGAUUAUUUGUGUGAGACAAAAAAGACAAUUUAUUUUCAUGCGAUAGAGAGGGUGAAAAAAAAAUAUAUUCACCUUUUCUCCUCUUGUUUCACAAGUGAACACGAUAAUGUGUUGUCUUUUGUCAAGAGAAUCUUGCAUGGUUUCCGAAGGCAUGCAGGGAUGUUCUUAAAUAAUACCACCGUGUAAUUAUGUGCCGUGAAUCUGUUCUUAAUUUAUGAGCAUUUUCCGUCCUGUAAAUAUGAAAUGAUAAAAUAAAUAUAUUUUGAUAAUAUAAUUGUACCAUUUGAAGCUAUGGCUUGAUCAAGCAAUAUACUUUUUUUCCACCGUUCAAUUCAAGGAGUUGUUCGUGAAUAUUUGAUUUUUUUUCUGUAUGAAUUCCUAAAUAACAGGGUUUUUCUUAUUCAUGUCAUUGCGAUCAUUUUUGAGUUAUUGAAUGAAUUCAUCGAAAUAUAAAUAGUCCUUGGUGAAUUCGUUACUUCCGUUUUUCUUGAUUAGGUUAUGCUAAAGUAAAUGUAUUAGCAUGUUUUACGCUGAAAACCAAAGUUUAUAGUCCUUAAACGAGAAAGCUUGUGUGGGCAUACACUAUACCCCCCCUACCCUUGAAGAAAAGGUACGUUUUCCUACUUCAAAAGUGCUUUCUUUGUUUUGUUUUGCAUCACAUUUUUUCAAGUUCAACUGGCCACUCUCUGAAUUUGUGGUUUAUUAAUGUUUAUUUAUUCAAUGAUGUAUAUAUAGAUAUAAUAAUAGCCAUCAUUUCAACAGUUAUUAUGUAAUUUGAAAAGCAGCUCAAAUUGUCCAUGUUCAAGGAGAUGAAUUUAUAUUUAAAAAAAAGGUAAUAUUAUUUAUUUUCAUCUUGGCUAUCCAUUCCGUGUAUUCUUCGGUGAUUUUAAAGGAGUAUGGUUUUAUUCGUUUCAGAGGCUGUACUAAAUGCAUGUAAAUAUGAGGCGUCCUGAGAAGAAAAUAUCCAACAUAUAUUAUGUCUUGAUCAGUCUGAUCAAAAUGUGAUUAUUAUAAUUUCAUUGAAAUAUAUCGCAUGGUGUUCUGAAAUUCUUAAUUUAUGAUUUCUGUAUAUAUGACAAUGAUGAGCGUUUCAAGUGAAAAUUGUUCUGGUUUAUUUAUAUUCAGCUACUGUAGUCCUGAAAUUUGUUUCGCUGAAAGCGAUAAUGACGUAAAGAUUUCUAGUAUAUAACAAAUAAUGAAUUUAUUAUGAGAAGUGCACAGCCUUUUUCACAGGGUAAGAAAAAGAAACAAUAUAUCGCGUUGGUUUAUUUCAUUUAUUUAACAGAAUGGAAAUAAGAUCGUAUAAAUGUUAAUAUCGUCUUAUGAAUGAUUACCAUUAUGAUCUGUUAUGCUUGCCUCCAUGUGGUGGUGUUGAACUGUGCUGAAGCUAAAAUAUAAUGGAAUGCUGCAGCCUCAGCUGUGAGGUGUAUGGUGCGCCAAAGAUCUCUGGUCUAUUUUGAACACUCUGAAACCGUCUUCCAUUUUCUUUUUGUAAAUGUGAAUGAAACUGUUAAUAAGGAUGAAAUUACAUUGGAAAAGAUAAAAUGAUUUAACUUUUAAUGUAAGUUGUAUUAGUAAUCGUUUAAGAAUUCAUUUCAGGGGGUCGUUUCACAAAGCUGUUUAGUUAAGAUCGACAUACGAAGAGCUUUAUGAAGCUCCCACCAGUUCUUGUUAAAGACAAGUCGACGAGUGUUUUAAAUCAAAGAGUGGCGCUCGAUUUAUAGGCUAAACUCAACAAGCGUAAUACUGGCUCUAAAAUGUCUGAUAAGUCAUGCUGUUGUUAUGGGUAACUGUGAGAUCAAACGCAUCAUGCCCGAGCCAGCAACUUGAAUUCAAAUAUCAAACGAGAACAAAUGUAACUAGAUUAAUAUCACCUUGUCUGAAAAUGUUCGUGCUUAUAUUAUAUUGGAUGACUAAGUUGUUGUGUUUCAUUUUGUGUAACUGUAUUUGUUAUCGGCCCAAGUCUGAUACUGGGUUCGACCGGAAAUAGGU